AUGUGUUAUAUCAUCGAAAAUACUUUUGAGCAGAAACCUAUUAAUGAAUAUGAAUAUCAAUUAGAGGAAGAAUUUAAAAAUCACAUAGAGGAGGAGCUUAAUGAGAAGAUUUUAGAAGCUAAGGCUAAUCUUAUA